GUUCGAGUUAGAAAACUGGACAUCUAUUAUAACAAAUAUAAGCUAAAUAAUGGGUGAUCUGCAAAUCGUGCCAGCGUACAACAAGGUAGAAGCACAGUACGUAGAACUGAUGGUGCCUUUGUACUCUUACGGUUGUGAGAAGAAAAUCAAGAAGGCUCUUUCUCAUCUCAAAGGAAUAUAUUCAGUGAAAGUAGACUACUACAAGCAAAAGGUAACGGUUUGGGGGAUAUGCAACAAGCUUGAUGUGUUAGCAAUGGUGAAAAAGAAGCGCAAAGAUGCUCGUUUUUGGAAUGCUGAAGAGAAUGAUCAAGAGAGUGUGGAUGAUUCCAUCGUCCAGAAAGAAGACAUUGUUAAGACUUCUUCUGAUGAUUCAGAUAAACCAUCGGCGUUUUAUACGUAUUCUCCGUCGUCUCCGAGGUUUAAGAGACCUCCUUUGUCACUCAUUAGGACAUCUUCCUUCACAUGGAGAGCUGUGAAGAAGGUCUUCUCUAGAUCCAUUUCCUUUUGACUCACGUUUUCUUCUUCUUAUGAGCCUAAUAAUAAUGGUACAAGAUAUAUCACGUAUCUCUCAAUGUAUAAAUACCGAAUAUUCUAGUUUGAGAACACUUAACGUCAGCAACCAAUAUUUGAUGAUAGUUCAAUGGUCAUGGCUUUGUUCAUCUAUUAUAUGUUUAAGAUCUAUGUUUUUUGUCACGUUCUUC